AACAUAAGCAAAGGGCGUACCUGGCACGCGUCCAUUGUGCGAGAGUCCGUUGAACUAAUAACAACGCCCGGGCCCGGACUCAGAAGAUUCCAUUAGCGGAAACAAGAUAAAUCAUAUCGCUAUCAGACGCUUGCUAAAUUAACAGCAGCCAUAAAGCAAGGUUGCUGUUCCAACGGCAAUUCAAUCAAUUAUCGAAUACAAUUAUGUCAGAGCUGUACGAGCUGUCGGAGGUGGCCGAGCAGAAUGGCAAAAAGGGGAAACCCUGCUGGAUCAUAAUCAAGGGCAACGUCUACGAUGUGACCAAGUUCCUCAGCGAGCAUCCGGGCGGGGAGGAUCUGCUGCUCGAAUACGGCGGUAAAGAUGCCAGCAAGGCCUUCAGACAAGCCGGUCACUCGUCGGAUGCCGAGAAGGAUUUGAAGAACUUCAAAAUUGGUGAACUUCGGACCACCACGACUGCUGCUACGACGACGACGCCCAUUCAAGCGCAGCCCACGUUGAACCAGGAAAAGGAGAAGCGGGUCAGCAGUCCAGCGCCAACGGAUGAUGCGGAACCCAUGAAGAAGAGCUCUGGCUCUGGGUUCCUCUGUUGCUGCUAGUGGAUCAAUGUGGAUGUACAUUGUACAAGUGGUUACAAGUCAUAUAAUUGAUUUAUUAACAUAAGUAUAUAGUGUAAUUAACGUUUAGCUAGGAUACGACUCUCCCAUACGACUCCCAUCGGCAUUUAUAGCUAAGCAAGCAAACUCGCCAACGCACCGAAAAACCUUAGGCUAAGAAGAUCUAAGAACUCUGCUUACCUUGAUCAAAUAAAUUGCAAUUACUCAUCAG